UAAGCUUUUCAAAGCAGGUAUUGGAAUUACUGCCAAGAUAGAAACAGCAGCAAUGGUGCCCAGGACGAAGUCCGCAGGGCAGGGAGCAGAAGCAUCCUGUUUCUAAAAUAACCGAAAGUGAAAGUACAUCCUGUGACUGAGCGCUGCUCAUCGCAGAGGCCAGGUUUGUGUUUUCGAGGUGGGGUUUGGGUCUAAGGCACCAGCUUCCGGGAGCUGCGCGGCGGAGCAGAGAAUCAUGGAUGCUGAUAAAGACAACAUAAAGCAAGCUUGUGAUGAGUGCUCAGCAGAGAUGGACAUUAUGAGAGGCGAACAAAGCAAGGGAUUGCUUCAUGAACUUAUGAGGGAAAACAAUGAGCUAGACGAGGAGAUCAAAAAACUUGAAGCUGAAUUGCAAUCGGAUGCCAGAGAAUUCCAGAUUAAAGAGAAUGUACCAGAAAGAAAGCUUAAAUUCACCUCAGUGGAGAGUCCCGAGCAUGGAGACCAUUUCUCAAAUAGCUCCUGUUCAUUUCAAGUGAGCUCACAAAUUCUCUAUGAGCUCCAGAAAGGACAAGCGCUCAUCACCUUUGAGAAAGAAGAAGUCGCACAGAACGUGAUCUCGAUGGGGAAGCAUGUCGUGCAGAUGGAAGGCGCCUCGGUGAAGGUCUCUGCACAUCCAGUCCCAUUAAACACAGGCAUCAGAUUCCAGGUUCAUGUGGACAUUUCUAAAAUGAAGAUCAAUGUUACGAGAAUUCCUGAUGAGCUGUCUGAGGAGCAGACAAGGGACAAGCUGGAGCUGAGCUUCUGUAAGUCCAGGAAUGGCGGCGGUGAAGUGGAAAGUGUUGACUAUGACAGGAAGUCCAGAAGCGCUGUCAUCACGUUUGUGGAAGCUGGAGUUGCUGACAAGAUUUUGAAAAAGACAACUUAUCCUCUCUACAUGAAUCAGAAGUGUUAUAACGUUACUGUUUCUCCAUUUAUAGAACGACGCUUGGGAAAGUACCAGGUGUUUUCAGCUGUGUCCAGGAAGACAGUGCUUCUGACCGGAUUAGAAGGCAUUCGUAUAGAUGAGGAGACUGGGGAGGACUUACUCAGCAUCCACUUCCAGCGGAAGAAUAACGGAGGGGGAGAAGUGGAGGUGGUCAAGUGUUCUUUAGACCAGUCCUUCGCAGCAUAUUUUGAAGAAGAGGCCAGAGAAACCAUAUGAAACUUACAGCGUUGAGCUCAGAUCACUGCCAACAUUUACAAAAUAUCAUUUUCCAUAAAAACAAAAAUAAUUUAAUUGGU